AUGGCCGGCGGCUGGCGGGCCAGGGCGCAGGCCGGAGGGAUGCUGCUGGCCCUCCUCGGCUGGGUCUCCUCCUGCGUCACCACCUUCGUGCCUCUCUGGAAGAACCUCAACCUGGACCUGAACGAGCUGGAGGUCUGGACCAUGGGGCUGUGGCAGGUCUGCAUCGCCCGGGAGGAGGGGGCGGUGGAGUGCCGAGCCCACGGCUCCUUCCUGGCGCUGCCCCCCGAGCUGCGCGUCUCCCGCCUCCUGAUGUGCCUGUCCAACGGGCUGGGGCUGCUGGGGGGCCUCCUGGCCGCCCCGGGGCUGGAGGGCUGGAGAGCCUGCGAGGACAAACCCGCGCUCAAGCGGCGGCUCCUGCUCGCCGGGGGAGCGGCGUUCGGCACGGCAGGGAUGGCCACCCUGGCACCGGUCUCCUGGGUCGCCUACAACACUGUCCUCGACUUCUGGGAUGACACGGUCCCCGACAUCGUCCCCCGCUGGGAAUUCGGGGAGGCCACGUUCCUGGGCUGGUUUGCCGGAGCCUUCCUCGCCGCGGGCGGGCUGCUCCUCGCCUGCAGCACUCGCUCCGUCGGGACCCCGACACCACCGGCCCCCGCCUGCCCCCCGCCGCCCCCCUCGCGGGCAACGGCCAGGAGCCACCCCCCGCAUCCCAAAAACGCAGACCUCGUCAUCUAG